GAUUCAUUGAAAUAUCGAUUGUUUAAACUACCAUCGAAAUGUUUGUGUGUGUGACGCACAUUCGAUUGUGUCUGUCAUGUGUGGUUCAAUAGUAGUUUAAAUGUUUGAUGAAAAGCCAGAAAUGUUUUGUAAAUUGUUAUCAAAUUCAUCAUUUAAUGCUAGAAGAUUCUUUCAAAUCAUCAAUCUUAAUCUUAAUAAUAAUAAAUUAAUAAGCUCACCACGAAACAUAUCAUUCACAUCGACUUUGCAAACUGAUGAUACUUCGAAUAAUAAUAAUGCUGCUGAGAAUGAUAAUGAUGAUAGUGUGGCCGAGAAAAUACGUGUCCAUUACAUAACAAAUAAAGGCGAAAAGAUUACUGUUGAAGGCACUGCCGGUGAUAAUGUUAUGUAUUUAGCUCAAAAAAAUUCUAUCGAUAUUGAAGGUGCAUGUGAAGCAUCAUUAGCUUGCUGUACAUGUCAUGUAUAUGUUCGUGAUGAUUAUUUCGAUAAAAUACCUGAAGCCAGUGAAGAAGAAGAGGAUCUUCUAGAUAUGGCUCCAUUUCUUAAAUCAAAUUCUAGAUUAAGUUGUCAAAUUAUUUUAAAAAAAGAUUUACAAGAUAUUCAAGUCACACUACCGCCUGCAACACGAAAUUUUUAUGUGGAUGGCAAAAAACCAACCCAUCAUUGAUAAUUCAUGUGCAUAUAUUCUCUCGUUGAAGAAUUUAAUUAUUAAAAUUUAUUGUUUUCGAAAAUUUUA